GAAUGUUCCUCUCGCGUGGUGCUCGUGCUACGAAUGGGGUAGCAAAACAAAACACAAGUAAAAAAUAACGAUUUUGGCGUAGCAUAGAUUUUAUUCCAACAUUUUUACAGCAAAUUCUAAAAAUUUUGAUGUCUGCGAUCGUACCGCAACAUGAAUACUACCGAUAUCUGCCGCGUGUGCAUGGAGGAUGAUUGUGACGCUUUCAGUUCGCUGUUUAAUGUGACUCCGGAUGUUCCUCCUCAGGUUUCACCAGCAGUGAUGAUUGUCGACUGUACUGGAAUCUCGGUUGAAAAGAGCGACGGGCUGCCGGAAGUGGUGUGUUCGGAAUGCCUGCUGGUCCUCCGUGAAUCGUACAAACUUCGGGAAAAAUGUCGUAAAACCGACCGGAAGCUGCGGAAGAUUUUGAACCUGACCAAUGGGCGUCAGAUCGCUGCCACUGUCCCGAACGGUAAAUCUGAUGGGAAGGCGGAUUGCAUCAGUAUCACCAACAAAAGUGAAGUUCAAGUAGAGGAGCCCAUAGUCACGCAACCAGAUAAAAGCGAGGACAUUGAAAGACCUACAUUGCACAUAAAAUCUGAGGUGGUUUUCGAUUCUGUUCAGGAAGAGCUAGAAGAAGAUCCGCACUUAGAUGAACCGGAUAACAAGUUGCUUUGCCCUUCAAUUGAUGAUAAUCAAGGAAAACUUGAAAACAUUACAGAAGAUAUUCAUAAAAAAUCUGAAACUAUUCAGGUGCCUGUUAAUCGUUUGAAACAGGAGGAUGCUCACGAUCCGCCUCAUUUUGAACCAGAGUAUCUCGUUGAAGAGAUUAGGGAGUCGAUUGACACUACUGCUGCAGGCAGCGUAAGGUCCGAUCAAUCCCCUCCGCCAGUAGACCACAGAGAUGAUAUUCUUUCCGAAGAGACGUCGCCUCUUAUGAAUGCAGAACAAAACGAUGCUUUGGACGAAGAACUAGUCUACGAAGAGAUGGAAGUAGAAGCACUGGAGGAAAUCGAAUACGAAGAUUUCGAAGCCAUUGAUGAGGAUUUUCAACUUCCAGAGGAAUCGGAGCACCAUGAGGCCGCGAUUUGUUGCGGGUGUCCUUUGGAGUUCCGCACUAAAACCCAACUAGAGCAGCAUUCCAAAUUGGUACAUCUACCGGAGAAGGACAAAGACACUACCCUGCAGGAGUGGUACAUGUGUGGUGUUUGCUACAAGCGUCACAGUUCCGCGAAGGCUCUCCAGUUUCACCAGAGGUCGAGUCGGGUCAGUAGGAGGAUGCGUACCUGUGCCAGUUGCCGUCUGGUGUUGAACAGCGUCCGCAAGAAAAAGCACCACGAACAGUUGCACCGGUUGCUGCCGGAGGAUUUUGCGGUGAACUGCUGUGGAUGUGAUCAGGUGGUGCCGUUCAGCCAGCUGGGGACGCAUGCGGAGCGAACGCAUCAGAGCGCGGCACGGGAAAUGUCAGAGUCAACAAAACUGUCCAAGUUUGUUUGCGAAAUAUGCUUUCUGGAUUGUGGAUUCAAACAGCGCCUGGACAUUCACCAAGCAAAACAAGAAAUACCGGAAGCGAUCUUGAAGAAGCUAUCCCAACCAGAAGAUGAAUUCACCGCGCCCGUGGCGGAUUUCGGCGGAAUUCAACGUUUCGUGUGUGACAUUUGCGAGAAAAACUUCUCCAUCAAGGGAAACCUGAAAGCCCACCGCAUCUUACACCUCAGUUCGGAUAAACCGUUCAAGUGCGACCAGUGCGACAAAACGUUUUCGAAGAAAUGCAACUACAACGUCCAUAUGCUCCGGAUGCAUUCCACGGAGAGUCAGUUCCCCUGUGCUGAAUGCGAGAAGAGCUUCAAAUGUGCGUCGAAUCUGAAAACGCACAUGCGAGUUCAUACCAAGGAACGGCCGUACCAGUGCGACUACUGUCCGAAGGCUUUUGGCUAUCUGUCGGACAAGCGACGGCACGAAGUUGGCCACUCGGGAAAUUAUCCCUUCAAGUGCGAUCAGUGCGGCAAACCAUAUUCUCGGAAAACGUUACUCAGCAAGCACUUGGGCACCUGUGGGAAACAAGUGAGUAAAAAAUCACAAGGUAAUAAGUUUAAAACCGAUCUGAAGCAUCCAGUACACGUCGGAGCGACAGAAGAGCUAGAUUCCAGCGUGCCAAUGCAUGCUUGUGAUUUGUGUGAUGAUUGGUUUGUGUCGAUGGAAGAGCUGGCCGAUCAUCACGCGAAUCUGCACAUUCAAACGCUGGACGAGGGUAGUUAUGAUGCCGAAGUGGAAAUCGAGUAGGUUCAUCCAACCGCAGGUGCGGAAUCGUACGACGCAGCUGGCUAAGUCGGUAGUGGUGUGACGUCGUGGUGAACGGUAUCACCAUCAGGCGAGAAGAGCUCGUUCGAGACUCAGUCCGUCCGAGACAGCCGUCAUUAGCACUUCGCCAUACUUGUGGGUCAACAUUGUGUACAUCCUAUGCCAGUGGAUCGUGUGCUUGAGCGCGCAGACUUUUCGCACAUUUUUUGCACGUUUUGCAAACAUUAUCGCGCAGGAAGGAAGCAAAUAGAUCUCGCAUGGUCAUAUCCUAUCAAGGCUGACCGCUUUGUGGUUGGAUCCCAUACAUAAAUCGAUUACAUAUGUGCAAUAGUCUAAAACGUAUUAGAAGCCUGUGAUUUUGCGCAAAUAUUGUUUUUUUUUCUAAAUAUAUCCAUCUAGCCAUACAUCGUAGAAAAAGUGGAGAAAAGUGUGAUUUGUAAAAAUAACCAUAUCAGAGGAAAAAUUGGUCAGUGAAAAGUGCAACGAAUCAAGAAGAAAGACAAGUGACAAAACAUCGU